UUUUUUUUUAUUUUUUUUUAGCUUCACUCCUUCCUCUCCCUAAGCUUCAGUAAAAAAGAUAAAAAAAGAAAAUAUGGCUCAGAACGCUGAUGUUAAGCACAAUGUAGUUUGCGUCGUCAUUGACGGCUGGGGCAUCUCACCUGAGAAGGACGACCGUGGUGAUGCUAUCCGUAACGCAAAGACACAAUAUAUGAACAAGUUUGAGAAGGAGUAUCCCUUCACGACCUUGGGUGCUCAUGGUCUUGAUGUUGGUCUUCCUGAUGGCCUCAUGGGUAACUCUGAAGUAGGCCACUUGAACAUUGGUGCUGGUCGUAUUGUCUAUCAGGAUAUUGUACGCAUUGAUCUCGCAGCUUCCAAGAAGCAGUUUGGUCAAUUGGAGAAUAUCAAGGCCUCCUUUGAGCAUGCUAAGAAUGGAAACGGUCGUCUUCAUUUUAUGGGCUUGAUCUCGGAUGGAGGAGUUCACAGUCACCAGAAUCACCUUUACUCUCUUUUGGAUGCUGCCAAGGAAGCUGGUGUUCCUGAGGUCUACAUUCAUUUCUUUGGCGAUGGUCGUGAUACUUCUCCUCGCUCCGCUUCUGGAUACUUGAAACAGCUCUUGGAAAAGAUUGAGCAGAUCAACUAUGGAAAGUUGGCCACGAUUACAGGUCGUUACUAUGCCAUGGAUCGUGAUAAGCGCUGGGAGCGUAUCAAGAUCGCUGUUGAUGGUCUUGUCAGUGGCGAGGGUGAGAAGACCAAUGACCCUGUCCAGGCUAUUGAGGACAACUACAAGAAAGAUGUCACGGAUGAAUUCUUAAAGCCCAUUAUUGUUAAUGAGGAAGGAAUGAUCCGUGAUGAUGAUACGAUCUUCUGCUUCAACUACCGUUCUGAUCGUAUGCGUGAGAUCUCUUCAGUCUUGGGAAUCAGUCCUACACCCAUGGAGGUCAAGGUCCCAAAGAACUUGCACAUCACUACCAUGACUCAAUACAAGAGUGAUUUCCCUUUCCCUGUUGCCUUCCCUGCUCAGUCCAUGACCAAUGUCUUGGCAGAAUGGCUUGCCAAGAAGAAAGUGCCUCAGUGCCACGUUGCAGAGACUGAAAAGUACGCUCACGUCACAUUCUUCUUCAACGGUGGAACGGAGGCUCAGUUCGAGGCUGAGCAUCGUGACUUGAUUGCUUCACCCAAGGUUGCUACCUAUGACUUGAAGCCUGAGAUGUCAGCUGCUGAGGUGGGUGAGAAGGUCGCUGAGGAGAUUGCUACAGGCAAGUUCCCCUUCAUCAUGUGCAACUUUGCUCCCCCCGACAUGGUUGGACACACUGGUGUGUAUGAGGCUGCUAUCAAGGGUGUCGAGGCCACAGAUGCUGCUAUUGGUGCCAUCUAUGAAGCUUGCAAGAAGCACAACUACAUCCUCUUUAUCACAGCUGACCACGGAAAUGCUGAAAAGAUGUUGUCCGAUGACUUCUCGACCCCUCACACUGCUCACACCUGUGCUCGUGUUCCCUUCGUCAUGACCAGCAACACUCACAAGUUCAAUGAUACCAAGGGCGCUCUGUGCGAUGUUGCCCCCACCAUCCUCCGUGUUAUGGGCUUGGAUAUCCCAUCUGAGAUGACUGGCCACAGCUUGCUCCAGGAAUAGAGGGAAAAACAAAUGUACAGGGAAAACAGUAUACAGCUUGACACAUAGAGGUCCUAUUAUUACAUCAGCAUCCAGAAAAAACAAAAAAGCUAGAGCCAGCUUGUAGAUGAUGGAACAGUCUUUAAUAAACUGAAAUAAAUUAC